CUCCAUCAUCCAACGGUUACGGCUUAGUUUUUUUUGUUAUCUCACACGCCAAACUAUGCAGAUCAAAAAUAGUUGAUCUUUUGCUCUCAGUUGCUAAAAUGUGUGAUCCAUCUAGAUUAAAAUAUAUAAUAAAAAAAAAAGAGAGAUUGAAAUACUCUAGAUCGGCUGAUAAUGUGGCGUAAUUAAAAGACUAUAUAACGGCUGAAGAUGAUGUAGCCCCCACAUGCCACUAAAACUCCCCUCAAUUUAGUUUGAAGAUUAAAAAGUAAGAAUUGGCACACAAAUAAAAAUAAAAGGUAGCCGUUAUGUGUAAAUAGACCGUUGGGGACCAAAGAAAAAACAAAUUAAAUAAAUAAUAUUAACGAAAGAUCCGUUACGAAAAUAAACCCCUUUAUCCGCUCUCCCUCUCUCAUUUCUCGUGCAUGUUUGACUUUUCGUUCAGACAUUCACCGAUUAGACAGAACACCACUUCGUCGAAGCUGAGGGAUUCAUCUUGUUUCGCGUUUAUAUUCGUGUCUGAAAGUUAAAAGGUAGCGAGAGAGAGAGAGAGAGAGAGAGAGAGAGAGAGAGAUCUGGGUUUCUGGGAGCUGUUGUGAGGAUUUCAUGGGUUUUAUCUCAAAGGUUUGAGCUUUUAUCUUCAACCUCCAUUUAAAAUUGUGAGCCCCUAGAGAAAUUUAUGCAAUUUAGUGAGAAUUUAAGGAAAAUUAUAGAAGAUGGUCGCAAGAACCCCACAAAAGCAGAGGAAAGUGGCGAUGGUGGCGCCUCCUCUCAACUCAGAUCUUCUCAGGGAAACAAUCAACAAGGUUGACAAAUGUAUGGAAAGACUGCAAGAGCUACAAUACACAAUAGCAGGAGGAACCAAAGUUGUGUCUGGUGUGAACCUUAGCCCUCGAAGCACCAGAACUUAUCUGAAGACUAGUCUUAGAUGCAAGCAAGAAACUUUGAGGAUCAAGAAUGCUACUCACAAGAAAUCUCCAGUAGGAAAGUUUCCAGCUUCCUCACCAGGAGAUUGGAGGAAAAUGUCACUCCCAGCAAUGCUACUAGGAGAGACGGUAAAUGAAAUCUUACAAGCCUCACAAGUCACAAGAGACAUUGUAGAUGCCCUUGCACCAAAGAAGAGUAGAAAACUCAGGAGAUCAACAAUGGCAGGAGAAGAUGAUGGACCUAAAACACCUGAGACCCAACAGAAAUCCCGGGAACGCAACCCUGAAACUGUCAGCAGCAACAUCAAAGCGAGAAGGAAGAAAGAGAAGCUGAACAAGCGAUCGGAAUCAGACUCUCCUCCGUCUAUACAAAGAGCUCGUUCAAGAAUUGUGUUCAAAGUCGUCUCUCCACAGAUAACAGCAGAGAAGGCUCUAGUAAAGGAAAAUGACGAGAACAGUUUCCGGCAUUUGGCUAACAGGGUUUCGCCCAAGCACAAACCUUGGGUUAAAAAGGCGGUUCUUUUUCCGAACCCUCUGUUUAUUUCCGGUUCCUCCACACAGCAAGCUAAGUUCAGUAGAACAAUGUCUCCCGUCAUAGCCAGAGCCGACAUAACCAGCAGCAAGAACAAUAAAGAGACGCCACACAAGUUCUUGAUCAAAUCUCCUAACACAUCAGCAUCAAAGUUUCAGGUCAAGAUCAAGAGCCCACCUAAAGUCUCGGUUUCUCCUACCAGAAAUGGAAGUAACUUGUCCCGGAGGUCGCUUAGAGGCUCCAGUUCUCCGACAAGAAGCGUUACCUUGGGAAAGAAGUCGCCCACGGCAUCGAUUUCUCCUAUUAGAAGAAGCUUGGGCAAGAAGUCACCAAAGCUAUCAACCGCUGCGAAGCUCAGAAGAUCAUUUACUCCUACGAGAAAUGGAAGUAGCUUGGCCCGUAAGUCGUCCGUUUCUCCAAAAAGAGUCACGCUUCAAGCAUUUAUUUCACCGGGAAGAAACGGUAACUUAGGAAAGAAGUCACCCAAACCUUCGAUCUCUCCGACUAGGGUGGGCAGGAAGACGCAGAAGAUAUCAACUGCAGCAAAGCUCAGGAGGUCCUUUUCGCCAUCGAGACUAGCGAUGAGGCUGAUUUCUCCAAUGAAGAGCAGGAAAAGUGUUGGCAAGUGUGACGAUGAUGAGAUGGUGAGUGGAUUGAAACAGCGUCCGGUUUUAGUUCCCAAGAGAUUCUCGAUGGGGAGAAUCUAAUAAGGAGACUUUGAAUUGAAAUAAGAUACUUAUUUCUUUAUUACAACAAAAACAUAUUUACAACAAAAACAUAUUUAUUUAUUGAUUUGCUUGCAAUAAAGAUUAAUAAGUUAGGUCAACCAACCUCCCAAAUCUCCGACUUGUUCCGGGUCUUAUCAAUCCAGCAUCAUCUCUUCACCGCCCUUCCGG